CUCUCUGCAAAUGGUUCGUGGCAGCGCUGAACAUGCACUUGGGAGCAUUUGGGAAACUGUCUGAGCAGCCGCUUUCACGUGCCGGUAUCUCGCUUUGUGCGGGAUGAUCUCCAAACUUCUUUGUUCCCCAACCGCAGCAACUUGAGGUUCCUUCAACAACGCAACCAUGGCAACGGACGCGGGCAGCUCCAAUACCAACGGCACCAUAAAUGGGACCGCGAAUGGAACCAUGCAAUCAUUAUGGGCCGAUAAAUAUCGUGGCGCUACGGUAGAAGACCUUGAACCCCCACCCGCUCUCUCCGUCAAACCCUCAGACCCUGUAUCGCAUGCCCUCAUGAGUGCAUUCGAACGCGAUUACACCCACCUCACGGUCAUCUCGCAGGAAAACCGAGCCCUCCUCGGAUACAUCAGCAUUCCACGAUUACAACAGCUGUUGAAGGAGCAUAAAGUCAAAGAGACGGAUCUGGUAGAAACGGCUAUGCUGAGGUUCAGGCGGAGGGGCACGCGCUACAAGGUCAUUACGACCGAAACGCCACUGGAGGAGUUAGAGGAGUUCUUUAAUGGCGGCGUUGAUGGUAGUGGGGCACAGGAGUUUGCAGUGGUGACGGAUACAAGUAGGAAGUUUGUGCUGGGUGUGGCUACGAAGUCUGAUUUGGAGAGUUUUGUGAAGAGAAGGGCGUAGGAGAAGACCGAUUGCGCACGGGGGAUUGGGUGCAGCGAUGAUGGAUGCUGGAUGCAUUGCAAGGCGUUAUCUGGAAUGUAGGUUUUCGGAGGCGUCCUUCAACGUACGCUCCUAGACCGCUCGGAAGAAGUUGAUAUAAUAUUGCUUGUCCUGUGUU